ACACAUUUGGGCAGCGAAUUGGAACUUGCCGCGUGGACAACGACGACAACGACGACAACGACGAUGGCAGCGACGUCCGUGUACGAGCGCGUGACGCAGCUGCUGCAGGACAAGGAGGCCCAAGCGGCGCUCUCGAUCAAGGAAGGCAACCAUCUCACGGAGCAGCUGGCGACCGCGAUCCAGCGCUUGACCGAGAAGAUCCGCGAGGACCCGGACGGGCGAGACAAGUGGACGCAGCACAAGGCGCGCGGCGAGGCCUUGGCCAAGCAGUGGGCCGCCUGCAUGCGCAAGCUGCGACUGGUGAAAGAGCAUGAAGGACUCGUGGCUAAGGCGCCGGGCGCAACCAAGCCCCAGGAGAAGGCGCCGCACGUGGCCGUGAACCAGUCGCUCAAGCGCACGCAGCAGAUUCUGCGCCAAGAAAUGGACCGCGCCGGGCAUGUCCAAGCGCGCCUUGUCGAGGGCAAGUCGCAUCUCAAGCAGUCGAACGACUCGUACACGGAGCUCGACGCCGAGCUCUCGCGCACACGAAAGCUCCUCACAGAGCUCCAGCUGCAAGCCAACAAAGACCGCAUCUGGAUCGGUGCUGGCGUCGCGCUACUCAGCAUCUCUGUCACGAUCAUUGUGGUCGAGCGUCUCCCAGUGCUAGGCUUCUUCCUCUCCUAUAUCUAUUAACCCUUUGGUCCACUCCUCGUCCGUGCA